GAUAGUGUGGCCCGGGAGGUCGACAACCUUGGACCACCCUGGCCUAGGCCCUAGAAAAACUACGAGCAAAUUGCACGGUACUGCCUCUUGUGGGGUCUGUGAUACCAAGGCAACGUCGACGCCAACAGUGGGUCAAUGUAGAAUUGUAGAAAGCGAUAACUUUUCCUUCGAAGUGUUUCCUUCCGUAUAUUCGUCUUUUAUCAAAAAAUUACAACUGGUUUAAAAUAUGGUGUUAACUUCAAACAUUAAAGAAUCAGUUAACAGCCGACAAGCUGGUAAUAAAGUAUCAAGUCGAAGUUUCAACAGCUUGAAAGGUCAGCAUAAUGGAACUGCUGCAGAAAAGGGAAAAAAGAAAGGGGCUGGUUCACCAGAUCAAGCAAUAUCACCCAGAAAAUCAGGAAGUGACAUCUUGAAUAGUGAUGACAUUCAGAAGUUAUCAAUCAGAGAUGAAGAUCUGCAGAAAGUUAGGAAAUCACAUGAAAUCACAUCAGAGAGAAGUACAAAACCGAUAGAAACAAGUAGAUAUAAGGUUAAAAAACUAAAACCUCAAUCUGAGCAAGAAAAACAACAGAAAAAAGUAAUUGUUGCACGUACUGCUCCUGCUGAUGCUGAACUCAAACCUAUUGAUUAUUCUGGACCGUCAGGACCAAGGUACAAUCACCAGACAGGUGAAAUAAUAUCACACAGUUUGCUUGGAUCAGUUGAAGAUUUUGUAUCUGAAGCCGUUAAGCAAAAUUUCAUCAGGCCUGAUUCAAGAUCAACUGCAGUUUUGACACCGGUUCAAGUAUCUCAUAAAAUAAAUAUCAAACCAUCUAAAGCUCAACCAAGACCAAAAAGUCCGAAAAUAAAAAUGGCUUUGAAUCAAGGAAAUGCUCUUCAAAAUUGGCAACGAAAAAUGGCAGAUAGAAAACGUCAACAGGGAUUUAUUUCAAAAUUACUUCAGAAACCCAUUGAUCGUUUGGUUAUGCAUAAAGAUGAUGAAUUCAGAAAAGUGCAAGAAUUAAGAACACUCGUCGAUCGGGCUAUUCCUGCUGUUGAUUAUGGAAAAGGAUAUCGAGUCGGUAGUGAAUUUUGGAGACAACAUGAAAGUUUUGGUGACGACUUGACUGGAAUAAAAAUGACUCUCACUAAAACUGAAAAAGGAGUUCCAAUUGAAUUCGAACAUGUGGCAAAACCAUUAGUGUUACAAGUAGAGACCGGAAUUAUAGACCCUACCAAAGAUGAAAGAACGAUAAACACAGCUCGGCAAUGGAGAUCCAGUGAUUAUCUUGAACAAAGAUGUCGUCAGUUAGCUCCAGUCAUGUAUGAACUGGAUCCAUACAAUCCGGAUAUUGCAAAUCUCCAAAUAAUAGGUGAACCAUGUGAUAAAGAAAACAUACCACUUGAUCAAGAUAUGAUGCGAGAAGAAGAUAUGGUUAAGCCAGAACAAAACGAAAAGUAUGACAGCAGAGAAGUGGAAUACAUUGAUCCAUUGGAAAAAUACCCAGAUGUUUUUCCUGAACCUGUGAUGGGUCCAAGUAUUAUGUUUGGAGAAAAUGUUGCUUCGUGGAAUGGUUCAAGUACAAGUCACAUUGGCCAAAUAGGACAAGUUAGUCGAGUAUUUUUCGAAUCCAAUGCUGGUGAGCGAGUCACAUCUCAUCUUAAAGUUCAUAACAAUGGAACAACUGCAAUUUAUUUUCAUUGGAGAAGAGUUGUGACCCCGCCAUCUUUUGAGGCAGUAAAAAGAGAUGAAAUUCAGAGGUUUUACUUCAAUAAUGGAGAAGGCGUUGUACUACCAGGUGAAACAAAACACUUUCCUUUUGUUUUCAAGUCACCAAAUCCAGGAAUAUUCACUGAAACCUGGCAACUACUAACUGAACCUGUUGUUAUGGGAGGAGCAAGUUUACAUGUUGUAUUGAAAGGUAUUGCAACUGAAGAUGACGUUAAUUUUGAAAUAAGAAAUGAGAUAUUGAAAGAAUUAAAAUCAAAAGAAGCUGAAGUUGCUGCUAGGAGUAUUAUUGAAGAAAUUAUUAAAUCUAUUCGAGAAUCUGACAGGCCACCAUCACCAACAGAUGCAUACAUCACAGAAGAACAAUUAUUUAAACGUAAAAAUCCAAGUUCUCAAUAUGAUUAUGAAACAAUACUGGAACUCAAGAACUUUUAUCUUCAGUUAUUUCCAGAAGAAAGUCGUCCUGAUCGUGAGUGGGAUUUGUCUCUCGAUGAAUUGAAAGAUUGUAUUGUAGCUGUUCCUGAUGAAAAUGCCAAGGAAGAAUUGUUAAACGGUCUUGGUACAGUUAUUGGUAGGCUUGGUUCAAAACCAUUUACACCAACACAGAAUCUUAUGUACGCUGCUUGUUAUCAAAGGCUGCAAGACACGAUAGAUGGAAUAUGUAGUUCUUCCAUGAGAAUUCGAUCGAUCAUGGGUCUGCCGGAAAUUGUCAUGGAACCUGUUGUAGAAGUAGAUGCAAGUGUUUAUUCAGCAAGAUCAAUCAACUCUGGAUCAUCAGCAGGAAAUAGUAGACGUACCACUGCAGAUGAUAAAAAAGGAGCAAAAGGUGGAAAGAAACCUCCAGCUAAGGAAGAUCCAAAAGCUAAAGGAAAGGGAGGGAAGAAGGAUGCAAAAGAAAAAGAUCGACCCAAGAGCAAAGAUGUCAAAGGGGGUAAGGGCAAAGGUACCCCAGCUGCUGGUGCGACCCCUACAAAAGAAAUUCCAUCUGUUGAACGAGAUAUUGCUGUGAAAACUCCUUCCAGUACAAAAACUGCUCCAGUUGACACAAUGGAUCAAGAAACAAGGAAGAAAUACACAGAGAAAAUGUAUUCACAGGUCUACAAUAUAUUAUGUGAUACAUUGGAUGAUAUGAGUGAGAUAUUUUACGAAAUAAAGAAGACUGUGGCACAUGACUGAUUCACUGCAAUUUAUUUUUAUUUUUACCGAUAUAUAUUUAAAUAUAUGUUUUCACGGUUUAUGUUUGAUAUAUUUGGCAGUUUUUAAAUUGGCAGUCAGUCCGUUUUUGGCGCUCUUCAGAUUUUCGA